AUGAAUAAAAAUCAUUGUCCUCUGGAGGUGGACCCAUCUUACCCAGACUUGGUCAUCAAUGUGGGAGCAGUAACUCUUGGUGAAGAAAACAGAAAUGACCUACAGAAAAAUCAGAGAGUGCAAGAGAAGGAGAAAGUCAUACAAGCUGCGUGUGCUUUAUUAAACUCAGGCGGAGGAGUGAUUCUGGUGGAAAUGGCAAAAAAAGAAGAACGUUCCAUGGAGAUGGGACUGGAUUUAGAACAGGCUUUGAGAGAACUUAUUCAGUCUACAGAUUUGCAUGAUUUUUUUGAGACAGUGCAAAAAGGGACAAGGUUUUACAUUUUUGUUAAAUCUUGGAGCAAUGAUAUUUGCACCACAGACCAUUUGGUUAAGCCCCGUAUUUGCAGCCUGAGUUCUUCAUUAUACAGACGAUCUGGCACCUCUGUGUGUUGCUUGAAUUCAAGAGAAGCAUUAAGCCUCCUAACCAAGAAAAAGGAUGUAAAACGUAGUCCAAUUAAUGAAAACUCUCCCAGCACUGAACAUUUGAUUUUUGAACAACAUCCUGCUAGUCAAGUUUUCCAAAUAGACCGUUUUAAAUAUGGUUAUGUCCUGCCUUUUCCUGAGUCCGAAUUAGUAGAAUUUAAACAAUUCUCUACAAAAAGCAUCGCAGAAUACCUGAAAAAGAGAAUUCCAGAGUAUGUCCCUGCAUUUGCAAACACCAGGGGAGGUUAUCUUUUUAUUGGAGUGGAAAAUAAUACUAGGAAAGUCCUGGGAUGUGCUAAGGAAAAUGUUGACUGUGAGUCUUUGAUAGGUGAAAUAGAAGUAGCCAUUUCCAAGCUGCCCGUUUUCCAUUUUUGCUCUUCACAACAUCGGAUUGAUCAUUAUUUUGAGAUCAGAUUUGCGAAAGUGUUUCAGCAAGAAAGUCUCUACGGCUAUCUCUGUAUGAUCAAAGUGAAGCCAUCCUGCUGUGUGGUGUUCUCCGACACUCCCAGUUCUUGGGUGGUGAAGGAUAAGAGAGUCUGUAAGCUAACAGUAAAGGACUGGGUGGACAAGAUGGUGGACACAGACCCAAAGUUGCUUGAAGCUUUUGAAUGUCAACUGAGUAUAUCCGCCAGCCCUCCAAAAUGUAGACCAGUGUUUUCGAAGAAAGGUCUUGAACAUAAAAAGGAUCUCCAACAAUGUUUAUUUCCAGUGUCAUCAGGACAUCUGCAAUAUACUCCCGAAUCCCUCUGGAAGGAGUUGUGCUUAGAGCAUGAAGGACUAGAAAAAUUAAUAAAUAGACAAGUGCAACGUUUCUCCUGGGGAAUUUUGAUCCUUUCUAGAAGCUGGGCUGUGGACUUGAACUUGCAAGAGAAGGAGGGAGUCAUUUGUGAUGCUCUGUUGAUAGCACCAAACAGCCCCCCAAUUCUCUACACCAUUUUGCGGGAGAAGGUAACAAAGAAAUGCACAGACACUGCCUUUACUUUGAAGCAGAAGCUGGUAAACUUGGGAGGCUACCUCGGGAAGCUGUGCAUCAAAUCCGAAGUCUUCCACCUGGAUCCUGAGGGCAAUGCAGAGCACUUGGGAGACUCAAGUUCUUCCAUUGACUACCCUGAGUCCUAUAAACUGGCAGACACCCAGCAAAUGGAAGCCUUGCUGCAGUCCCUCGUGAUUGUCUUGCUUGGCUUUACGUCAUUCUUGAGUGAUGAGCUCGGUUGUGAGGUCUUAAAUCUGCUCACACACCAACAGUAUGAGAUCUUGUCAAAAAACCUCCACAAGACCAAAGAAUUGUUUGUCCACGGCUUACCUGGUUCGGGGAAGACCAUCAUGGCCAUGAAGAUCAUGGAGAAGAUCAGAAAUGUGUUUCACUGUGAGACAAAGAAAAUUCUCUACAUUUGUGAGACCCAACCUCUGAGGGAUUUUAUCAGCCACAAAAAUAUCUGCCAGGCAGUGACCCGGAAAACAUUCAUGAAAUAUAACUUUGAUGAUAUUCUGCACAUCAUUAUUGAUGAAGCCCAGAAUUUCCGUACUGAAGAUGGGGAGUGGUAUAAUAAGGCAAAAACCAUCACUCGGAGAGAAAAGGAUUGCCCAGGAAUUCUCUGGAUCUUUCUGGACUACUUCCAGACCACUCACAUGCACUACAGUGGCCUUCCUGCUCUCUCCUAUCAGAACUCAAGAGAAGAGCUCACCAGAAUGGUCCGCAAUGCGGAUCCAAUAGCCCAUUACCUAUGGCAAAACAUUGAGGUGAUCAGAAAAAACCCCCCACCUAGCAUCCCCCGUGGAUCACUGGAGAUGCUCAGUGAAGCUACGUGGGCUCAGGAUGUUUCAGGCAAUGUUAAGCACAGGACCUUCUCGGACGUAGAAAAGAUGAUGGUCUAUGUCGCAGAGCGGUGCCAGCAUUUCUUCAAGAAUGGUUAUUCCCCCAGGCAUAUUGCUGUGCUUCUCAACAAAGCAGAGGUAGUGGAAGAAUAUAAGGAAAAGCUUGUAAGAGCAAUGAGAAGAAGCAGGCAUCAGCUGGAUGAGGACGCUCAUGUGUUGGUACAGAUCAAGGAUGCCUUACAUAUCACAGACAAUUGUAUUGUGUUGGACAGUGUUCGGAGGUUUUCAGGUCUGGAAAGAAACAUUGUGUUUGGGAUCAACCCAAGGCCAAUUGAGCAAGCUAUUUUCCACAAUCUUCUGCUCUGUCUGGCUUCCAGGGCAAAGAAACAUCUGUAUCUUUUAACUGAUGAUGGGAAGAUCUCAAACUAG